AUGUCGGACAUCCUCACCCAACUCCAAGACGCGAUCGACAUCCUCGUCCAGCAAAUGUACGCCGGCCUCAUGUAUACCCACACCCGCCACCCCUACGGCGACAUCCCCAGCCAACCCCACGACGCCGAUCGCGACAUCAACAACCCCUCCGCCUCCACCGGCGGCGCAACCGAAAACGGGCCCGGCAACAACGGCGCUGCGGGCGACCGCCCUCGCUCGCCGCCACCGGAUCCGAACUUUGCCGUCACGCAGCACGAAAUCGCGAGCGACAUCAUCAUGAACAUGGCGCGCAUCAACGCCCUGGCCGACCGGCUGCCUGGCAUCGGCUUUAGCGAGCAGGAGCAGCUGGCCCGCUUGGCGGAGCUGGAUCGCGAGUUGCGCGCUGAGCAGGAGAAGCUGGAUGAGGCGAAGGAGGAGAAGGAUAGGUUGUUGGGGCUGUUGGAUGAGCGCAUUAUGAAGGCGCGGAGGCCGUGA